AUGAACAAAUGUACGCGUGGAUUCUGUACAAUAUGCAAGCGAAAGCAUCACACCUUGUUGCAUGAGCACUUUAACACAUCCAGCCUCAACCAGUCAAUCGGUUCACCCAAUACGACGCGACCUCGAACUGCGAAUCAGUGUCAGUUUCAACCACCACAAAGAAGGCCACAAGGUCUAAACCGUAACACGCUCACUCAAUCCACACCACACUCCACACCCACACCGGAUCAAAGCAAUUCUGCGCAGCAAGAUCAGCUCACCACAGAUCACACGGCCACAUGCAAUCGAUCCACAAUUACAACUGAACACUUACGAGAAGUUUUAUUGUCAACUGCAAUUAUUCGGAUAUGUAAUCAACAUGGGCAGACGUUAUUUGCGCGAGCACUAUUAGAUAGCGCUUCUCAGCGAAACUUGAUGACGAAGGAGUUCGCUCAGAAGUUGAAAUGCAAACAGUUAUCAGAUUAUCUCAAGGUUAAAGGAGUAGGGUCGUCAGAGUCAGUGUCGACAGUCGCAGUGGUUCCUAUGGUUCACCCACGUUCCUUGAAAUUCAAUCAAUUCGCUGAGUUGAUGAAAUUUCACGUGUUGAACAAAGUCACAUCUAAUCUUCCGUCCAAACACGUCACCAUAGAGAGUUUAGGACUCCCAACGGAUGUAAAUCUUGCUGAUCCACACUUCAAUGUUCCCGGACCAGUCGACCUAAUAAUAGGGGCCGAGCAUUACCAUGAUUUGUUGGUGGAUGGAAGAAUAAAGCUUCCUGGCAACGGCCCUACCUUGCAGAACACAGUUUUCGGUUGGGUCAUCUCGGGAGCAGUCAAUAUAGAUUCAACAAGAAUACCACGCGUCAUAGCAAGGGCAUGCUCUGGAGGAAUUGUAUCAACUAAUGAUCUUCAGGAUCAGCUGGCGAAGUUCUGGGAGUUAGAGUCAUGCCACACAAAAGAAGCCUUCUCAGUUGAAGAAACCAUAUGUGAGCAAAUCUUCAAAAAAAACACAUUUCGCGAUAACAACGGAAGAUUCGUUGUCACUUUACCGAAAAAAGAGGCAGUUCUCUCCAAAAUUGGAGAAUCGAGAUCAAUUGCAAUGAAGCGCUUUCUAGGAUUGGAGAAACGUUUGCAGGCCAAUCCAGAAAUGAAGGCUCUAUACCAUGAGUUCAUUCAGGAAUUCAUAAAUAUGGGGCAUAUGGUAGAUGUGACAGAAGAAAUAGAGCCGAUAUUGACAUACUACAUGCCGCACCACGCAGUGCUGAAGCCUGAGAGCACUACUACAAGAUUGCGAGUAGUAUUUGAUGCAUCAUGCCCCACUUCUACCGGUGUAUCACUAAAUGAUGCAUUGAUGGUAGGUCCAGUUGUUCAGCAGGAUCUACUCUCAAUUAUUUUGCGCUUCAGAUUCAAUAGAAUCGCGGUAGUCGCAGAUAUCGCGAAAAUGUAUAGAAUGGUGGCUGUACAAAUUUCUGAUCAGGAUCUUCAACGUGUACUAUGGAGAGAGUCUCCAGGAAAAUCUAUCCGGACAUACAAGUUGACAACAGUCACUUAUGGAACCGCUUCGGCGCCUUAUUUGGCAACAAGGUGCCUGCAGACAUUAGCUGAAGAAGGAAAAAGUUCGCAUCCCAUCGCUGCAAAAACAAUAACUGAAGGGUUUUACGUAGAUGACUUAUUAUCUGGUGCUGAUUCCGUUGAGAGCGCGCAGAAAUUAGUGUUAGAAACCAUUGAUCUCAUGGAUUCGGCAGGGUUCAUUUUACGGAAAUGGAGAAGUAAUGCUGAUGAAGCUUUGAAAAAUGUUCCGAUACAGCUAAAAGAUAACGGCACUGCAAAGGAGCUGGACUCUUCCAGUGCAACCAUCAGAACCCUCGGACUUUUAUGGGAACCAUGCACCGAUAAUUUUCUAUUCAAUAUACCCAACUGGAAUAUUGGGCCCAACGUAACAAAGCGAACUGUUUUGUCAGAUACAGCUCGCAUAUUCGACCCACUCGGACUAAUCACACCGGUGGUAAUUACAGCUAAAAUUUUUCUACAGGAUUUGUGGAAAACGAAGCUUGCGUGGGAUGAUGAAUUACCUACUGAUAUGUAUCGCUACUGGAUAGAAUACAGAAGGGCCAUGGCGGACAUUGAGACCAUUACCAUUCCUCGCUGGAUAGGAUAUCGGUACCAGCCAAACGAAAUAGAGUUGCAUGGCUUUUGCGAUGCCUCCGAGAAGGCAUACGGGGCAUGCUUCUACAUUCGAAAUAUCUGGGAAGAUGGUACUAAAAUGGUUCGGCUGUUGACGUCGAAAUCGAGGGUAGCCCCGAUCGAAGAUACCAAAAGAAAGGCGAGAAAACAAACGAUUCCUCGGUUAGAACUCGCUUCUGCACUAUUGUUGAGUCAUGUGUACAAUAAGAUAAAAAAUGGAUUUCCAACAGAUGUACCCGCACAUUUUUGGACAGACUCCAUGAUUGUCAAGUGUUGGUUAGAAUCGAGUCCAUCUCGCUGGCAAGCUUUCGUAGGAAAUCGUGUUUCCGAAAUCCAGCAUUUGACUAGAGGAAGCGCGUGGAGUCACAUUUCGGGCGCGCAUAAUCCUGCGGAUAUUAUAACAAGAGGAAUGAACCCAGCAUUUUUGCGCGAUUCGUCACUAUGGUGGUGUGGCCCCACAUGGUUGAUUGAAGAUAAAUCCAUGUGGCCACCAACAGUAAACUUAACCGCAGGAGACAUGGAGAUCGCACGCCAAGAGGAAAGGUCUUCGCUUACCUGUAGUCAACAAGUGGUGUUAACAAAUGAAUUUUUCUCACUACGUUCAUCUCUACCCGCUCUUAUUCGCAUCACAGCACUAAUAUUACGUUUUGCCCACAAUGCUAGGCGCAUUAAUCGAGAGAACAAACGCUUUGGAUUCAUCACACAAAGCGAACAUGAUGUUGCACUCAUGAAACUCAUUCAGCUGUCUCAGACGGAGUCGUUUCCAGAAGAAAGGGCGAGUCUUUUCGAAGGACACCAGGUGAAGGAAUCUUCCAGGAUGAACGCAUUAAAUCCAGUGUUAUUAAACGGCAUCAUACAUGUGGGCGGCCGGUUGAGAAAUGUGGCCAUUUCUACCGGCAGAAAACAUCCAAUAAUUUUGGAUCACCAUCAUCCCCUGACAAAAUUAAUCCUCCGAUAUUAUCACCUCAAAUACUUUCACGCAGGUCAACAGUUAUUAAUCUCCACUGUGCGAGAACGAUACUGGCCGCUGAACAUUCGACGAGCAGUGAGACAAAUUAUCCACGAUUGUGUAGCGUGCUUCCGAAAUAAACCGAAACUCCAGGACCAACUAAUGGCAGACCUGCCGCAAGAGCGUGUGAACGCUGCACCUGCUUUUCUAAAGGUCGGUGUGGAUUAUUGUGGACCAUUUUUGAUGUCGUACCCAGGAAGAAAGGCCCGACCAAUCAAGUGCUUUGUUGCAGUUUUCGUGUGCCUAACAACCAAGGCCAUUCAUCUAGAAAUAGUCACAGAUCUAACUACUCAGGCAUACAUUGCAGCGCUAAGGCGUUUCAUAGCUCGCAGAGGAAAACCAACAUUGAUUAUGUCCGACAACGCCAAAAAUUUUGUCGGAGCGAGGAGAGAAGUUGGGGAGUUGUCGAAGUUAUUUUGCAGUCAGCAAUUUAAGGAGAGCUUAAUUAAAGCAGCGAUGGAGGAUGGCGUGGAAUUCAAAUUUAUUCCUGCCAGGUCACCAAAUUUCGGAGGCCUUUGGGAGGCUGCGGUGAAGUCCUUUAAGACUCACUUCAAAAAAACAAUCGGGCUUAGAGUACUUCGACACGAUGAGCUCGAAACAGUUGUGUUUCAAAUAGAAGCCUGCUUAAACUCAAGGCCGCUGACACCUUUAAGCAGUGACCCUAAUGACUUGGAGGUACUAACUCCAGGUCAUUUUCUCAUCCAACGGCCACUCACAGCAUUAGCAGAGCCAAGUUUAGACGGAAUCCCGGAAAAUAGAUUGUUGAUCUGGCAGAAAUCACAAAACUUCGUACAACAGAUUUGGAAAAAAUGGUCAACGCAGUAUUUGUCCGAUCUCCACAAUCGUACCAAAUGGACCAGGCAACGGAACAACAUAUUUGUGGGUACAAUGGUACUAUUAAGGGAGGAAAACUUGCCACCCCUGAAAUGGCAAUUAGGUCGUGUGAUAGAGGUACGAACUGGAGACGACGCCAACGUUCGCGUAGUGACUGUCAGGACGAAGGACGGCUGUUAUGUGAGAGGAAUCUCGAAAAUAUGCAUCCUUCCUAUUAUCGAUAACCAGUUAGGCAAUCAAGGGAAGAAUUAA